CCUUUUUCUGUAUUAAUCAGCAAAACAGAUGGUUAAUUAAUGGUUAAUGAAAGGUAGUUUCAGAAGUCAUCUUGUGUCUCUAUCUAAUCUGAAACUAAUUAGCAAUGUAAUGAUGAAAAUAUAAGUAGAAUUGCUUAAAUAAUCAUUUCAACAUGAUAGGAAUAGCCUAGGAAAAGGUUACAUCGUUAAACUUCAAAAAUAUAAGACGUUGAUCUAUUGAACUGGAACUAAUACAGAUUAAGUGGGACAAUCUGAGGACAGCGGUGUGAUGCAUUCAAGAACUUAUUUGUUGUUAGAAAGAGAAUAUCAAGAGUUAAAUGAAGCCCAAAUAUUUGGUAUUUCUGUAACGCCUGUAACCGAAAACUUACUGCAAUGGGUAGCAAAGGUGCAAGGUCUGAAAGAUUCACUCUGGGAAGGAGCCGUUCUCCAACUCACUAUGACUUACAAUGAAAAAUACAACUAUACCCCUCCAAGCAUAAUUUGUAAUACUAUUCCAUAUCAUCCAAAUGUGGAUCCGAUGUCUGGAAGACCUUGCAUUGAUUUUUUGGAUAACCCUGAAGGAUGGAACACUCAUUUUACCAUGACCAGUAUAUUAUUAACUAUUCAGACUAUGCUUUCUAAUCCAGAAGUGGAAAAUACAGUUAAUUUGGAAGCCGCAGAAAUGUUGAAGACAAAUCCAUCCAUGUAUAGACAGAUGGUCCUGGACUGUGUGAAAAUCAGCAGACAGAUUGAGUCUGGCUGUGUACCUGAUUACAACUGCCUAGAAGAGACCGGGAUGCCCAGACCAUCUUCUGGGAUGAGGAAGAUAAACUCUGUCUCGUUUGAAGAUUAUCACAAGAAUUGGACUCAAAUUGCCACAUCCAAAGCUACAUAUGAUUUAAAACACAUGGUGAAUAAAGAGGCUUUGUGGAAGACUCCGUAUAAUGAAACACGAGAGAAGAGGAGAACCAGUAACACUUCUAAUAAUAUCAUUAUCCAUGGAACGGCUAACAGCUUAGAGACAACUUCCAAGAACAAAUUAACAGCGAGAGAGAACCAAUCCUGUUUGCUUUGCAGAAUUUCAGAGAACUUUGGGUUACUUUCAGCAGAUAAAAUGAUGGAAUCGUCAAGAACAACUCUAGAACAUGGAGAGGAAAUAAAUGACAAGGACCGUCACACUGUAGAGCCCUGGGAACAAGAGGCAGAGAACCUGAUAUCCUGGACCAAUGGUCUGAGUGCCCAUUUAUUAGACUUCUGAGCAAUAAUAUUUUUCUUAAAGGGACACUAAAUUUAUAAUUAAACUUUCACGAUUCAGAUAGAGCAGCAGUUUUAGAGAUUUAUCCAUUUACUUCCAUUAUCAAAUUGUGAACAAACUUUUUACUUGCACACUUUCUGAGACACCGGCUCCUACUGAGCAUGUGCCCAAGUUACCAGUGUAUACGCAUAUGAGUCUGGGAUUGGCUGAUGUCUGUCACAGGAUACAAGGGGCUGCAAAUAGGGGGGAAUAAAUUUGUCACAAAAAAAUGUAUUGCUUAUUUGAAAUGCAGAGUGUUAUUGCAUAGUCUUUUUAUUAUGCACUUGAUAAUUAUGCUCAGCAUGGUUUAACCUCAGCAGGACCAUUGCUAGCGCUGCGGAAUCUGUUGGCGCUCUACAAAUAACCGAUAAUAAUAAUUAUUGCUGGGUUAUCAAAGAACAGAACAAUGUGCAGUUUACUUUCUAUAACUAUUGUUCUCAUUCCUGUCAUCCUGUGUUAUUGUAACCUAUGAUAUCUAAACAGAUAUUACCAUAUAGUAACCUUUUUCUUGUAUCAAGUCAUCACAAGGUGCUGAGUAUAGCAAUUAAAUCAAGUUCAUUUGAGGCACACAACACAAAAUAAACAGUGAUACAUCCCCAGAUAUAGAUGCAAUGUCACACAACACUUGCCAUGGUAUUGCUAAAGAAUCUAUAAAUAGAUCCUAUACAGCUAGCUGAUUGGUUCAGGAGAAAAGCUAUUUACUUGUGCUUGGAAGAUUUCCCUUACAGCCUUUUGUGAUCAGGGUUUUUUUUACCAGUAUU